AUGGCCUUGGACAGCGUUGCUUCUGUCAAGCCGCCCUACCGUCGCGCGCCACCGUCGAACAUUAUCAUUCCCACGAAACCCUUCGAAUUCCGACCCCAGUCGCGACUACCUAGUGAUCCUCAAUACUCUCCGCGAUCGAUUCAAGUCAUCUCCUCGUUGAUUGACUCGUUGAGCGUAAUACCAAAUGCAGAGCAAGAGGCAGGGCGAGUCAUUACGGUCGGGAAUCGUACACAUCCGCACAGCCUGCUGCACGAAAUACCACAUUCGCCCAGAUCUCCUAAUGCCGAUGAAUUGGACCGGGAGUUACAUGAUCCGUCGGCCGCGGAUGACGACAGCAAUGGGGAUGUGGCAGCAGCGCCAGUGAUCCGAUACGCAAGAAGGCCGCCCAUUAUAUCGAGAAAAUCGAGCAAAACAAGGCUGUUCUCCUUCACCAUGUCUGAGCCUGGUCUGGCUGCACGGGCUUCGUUUCAGAGUCUAAGGUCGCAUACUGAAUCGGACUCGGUGGGCAUACCUAGCAUUGAAAGACUUCGCGAGUCGAACACCAGCUCCAAUUUCUCUAUACGCAACGAUAUGAGCGCUCUGGGUCGAAAACCUACGGUCGAAUCGAUGCGCGAGCAAGCUACCACGAGGCCCACCCCACCGAAAAGAAUCUCAUCUGAUAGACAUCGGAAGGCGGAAUCGUUUUACAGUACGGGACAAGAGACGGAGAAUUCGUCGCCGAGGCGGUCAUUGUCUAUUGAUGGUCAUUCGUCUGGGAGAGCGUCACAAGAUUCUUUGACGGCGGAGAGCCCUACGGCUAUAGCGCUGAGUCGACUGAGUAGAGGCGAUUCGGGGAGUCAUCUUAUUCCAUCUCGUCGGUCGUCUCUAAGACGCAGCGUUAGAGGGCUGUCCGACACAACACACGAUCCAGCUGGUCGCAAACUAAAGGAGCUGAACAUCGACUCGGAGUUGAUCGAAGGGGACAACUCUACGGUCCGAAGAAUACGUGAAUUACAAGAGGCGCGAGAAAAGCGUCAAAAAGAAUGGCGGAACGAAGCCCGCAAGUCCGAACGAGCGGCAAAAAGGCAUACCAUCGCUACAGCAAAACUGCCACGCAGGUCUAGUCCAUAUGCCAAUUCAAGGCUCUCCGUGACGGAGGUGGUUGUCGAAUCCCCCGAGAUGGAGAGUCUACCUGCGGAGAGUCCUCCUGUAUUGUCGGCUCGUAUCACAGCAGCUGAUUUGGCUGGUAUGCCUGCUCUAGUCCCCGUGGCGCCGGAUGAAGAAGCGCACAGUCCAUACAAGGGGACAUCGCCUAUGUUAUCGAGCAGUGCUGCGCGAUCCAGGGACAAUAGUACGUAUCAAGCCACGCCGACACAGAUCAAACGCAGCUCCACAAGCCCUUCAAUUAGGCAGGAACCUCCCUUGAACGAGCUGAAAACCAUCUCGGACGAGGUGGAUGGCUUUCUUGGCGCUCCUCGCUUCACUCAAAGGAUUCGGCACCCCCGUACGGGACGGACGAUUGCCUUCUCAGAGGUUGGGGAUCCAGAUGGGUUCGUGGUUCUGUGCUGCGUUGGAAUGGGCCUGACACGUUACCUGACCGCCUUUUACGAUGAGCUUGCGCGGACGUUGAGACUUCGCCUCAUCACACCAGAUCGACCUGGAGUUGGUGAAAGCUCUGCCAUGCCUGAAGGAUCUUGUACACCUCUAAAUUGGGUUGACGACGUGGCCGUUAUAUGCUCCUCGCUCGGAGUCACGCGAUUUUCAAUACUGGCCCACUCUGCCGGCGCCAUCUAUGCUCUUGCGACCGCUUUGAAAAUGCCUCAGUACGUGCGAGGGCGUAUUCAUCUCUUAGCACCCUGGAUUCCGCCGUCUCAGAUGCCGAAAGGCGCAGUUGUGGGAUCGGACUCGCAGCCCAUCGCCAAUUUGCCAUUUUCUCAUAAGCUUUUGAGCGUUUUGCCGGCGCAAUUUCUGAAGGUGGCGAACUCACGAUUUCUGACGGCGACGAGCGCUUCCAUCGAUGUCAAGCCUCCGAAACCGAAGAAGAACAAGACAUGGGAGAAUUUCGAGGUCUCUUUAGAUUACCCGUUUGACGAUAUCACGACUGAUAAUCCUUUCAGCAGUCCUGUGCCGGACAUGGAGCCUGAAAGACCCAAGACGGGAACGCCCAACAGAGCAAGAAGCCUGUCAUGUUACCAAGCCAAUAACGAAUCUCAAGGGGUGUCUCCUGCUCAGGUCACUACCCCACGUCCGAUAUCACGACGACAGAUGCAAAACUCAAUGAAACAGCAGGGUGCCACAGCGUCUCCCAUGUCUCCUCGCCUAAGCCCUGAAGCACGGCAGGCACUGUACAAUCAAACCCUCACUCAUCGCAUUUGGGCUCUUGCUACACAGAAUGCCAAUCCCGCCAUCGACCUGGUUGUUUGUCUCGAGCGACGCAAACCGAUAAGCUUCCGGUACCCUGAUGUGACACGUUCUGUCGUGAUUCAUCAUGGCGCCAAAGAUACUCGCGUUCCACUGGACAACGUGCGCUGGUUGCAAAGUGUCAUGAAGCGAUGCGAGUUGAGAGUGCUUGAUGGAGAAGGCCAUGGACUCAUGGCGUCAGCAUCGGCCAUGGCUACAGUCUUGGGUGAGAUAGCCAAGGAAUGGGAAGAAUGGGAAAAGAUCGCCAAGGGCAAGGACAGGAGGAAGAAGAGUGAUAGUCCUGCUCCUCGCACCCGGGGACGAGUUUGA